AUGAUUCCAAUCGAUCGCAGUCUCAUCUUUCGUGCUGUAAAUAUAAUCGUUGCCUGUUUUAUGGUGAUUGGAGGUGUAGCGACCAUCCUGACAGGAGGGUUUCCGCAGUUCAUUCGUGGAAUAUUCUGUAUUCUGUUUGGCUUGAUUGUAUUCGUGUUUGAGUUCCGUCUUCCUUCUGUACUGACCCAACAUGUAUCUUUUAUGUUUUCAUUUAUUGGCCGUGGUAUAUGUAAGCCUUUUCUCAUUGGCUGCAUUAUUUUAAACCAACUUCCGCUGGCUAUUGCGUCGGGUGUUAUUGUGGCUGUCGCUGGUGUUGCAUAUUGCAUUCUUCAAUUUGUACCCAACAUUGAGGCUCCUUCGAACAUGAGUCGCUCAGCAUUGGAUGAGUCAUUAGGUGGUUCAAGUGGUGGUGGAAGAGCUGCUCACUGGGCACAGAAUAAUGAAAAUUCUUAUGGCCAAAGCGCUGCUAAUACAGGAUAUGCUCCUGAGCCUGUUGUCUAA